GCACAGGGGUGUGGCGACUCCGUGGCUUCCUGCGAGGGCUGGCUUGUGAUUACACGCCUUGGCUCGUCACGUCGCAGAAAAGUGUCUCUCCAAGUGUCGUUGCUCCUUUGUAAGGUUGGAAGUUCUCAGUUCCGACAUCAGACCCUCUUGAGCUGUACAGGUUGCAGUUUCCCCGACUCAGGACAGCAGAAGCAUCACCGACGCAUAGGAGCUGAGCAUAGUCAUGUCAGAAGACAUCGUUGAGACCCCUGCCCUGGGCCGCCCAUUCCAGCUGGGGAUGCUGUACGACUGUCGCAAGGAUUUGCUCAUCCUAGGAAAGACCCUUUGGGACCGCAGCUCUCUUCAGAAGGACCUGAUCAUCGAGCCUCGGCCCAAGACAGCCACUGAAAUCAUUGCAUCUGACAGCAUAGAUGACAAGGCCUCCGCCCUGGACAUCUCAGCCUCCCUCAAGGCCAGUUUCCUGGGAGGGCUGGUUGAAGUGGGAGGGUCAGCCGAAUAUCUCCAGGACACCAAGAAGUCCAAGAAACAGGCCAGGGUCACCCUUCAGUACAAAACCACCACCAGGUAUGAACAGCUGACAAUGAGACACCUGGGAAUCCAGAAUGUCUCUUACCCAGCCAUCUUUGAGCAGGGCACAGCCACCCACGUGGUCACCGCCAUCCUCUAUGGAGCCCAGGCCUUUUUUGUCUUUGACCGAGAAGUUUCCUCAACAGAGACGGUGAAAAAUAUAGAAGGAAACCUCAAGUCUACACUCAUAGAGAAAAUACAUAUUGGAGCAGAGAUCCAGCUGACUGAGGAGGAGAAAGCAAAUGCUCUGAAGUUCAGAUGCAAGAUCCACGGAGACUUUUUUCUGGAAAGAAAUCUAAUCACUUUCCAAGAAGCUAUGAAAGUUUAUGCAAGUCUACCAAAAAUGUUAGGGAAAGAGAAGGCUGUUCCUAUACGGGUCUGGCUCUCCCCACUAACCACGUUGGACACCAGAGCAGCUAAGAUGGUCCGUGAGAUCAGUGUAGAGUUGGUCUUUGAUGCUGAAAAGAUCUUGGAGGAUCUCAAUGAAAUAGAGAUGCAAAGCAAUGAUCUAAUCAACGAUCCCAUUGCUGAGACCUUCCCUGAGAUCAAGAGGAAGAUCCAGAACUUCAAGGAUCUCUGCAGGCAACACAGGCAGACUUUCCAGAAACAGCUGGCCACAGUGUUGCCUUCCAUCCGAGGAGGAGAGCUGGAGGAAAGGACCCUGGUGAACAUCUUGAGGUCUGUCAAAGAGUCACCCUUCAGAAGCCAAAUAGUAGGUAAAUUUAUGGACAACAAGGAAAGAGAAAUUGAGAUUGUCAGAUCUUAUCUGACUAAUCUAAGUAAAAUACAAGUUAUCUCAUCCAAGAACAAGCUGGAAGAAAUAGUUCUACACCCCCAGAAUGAAUAUGUGAUCUCCUUUGUAUUCACCUCUUUACAUAAAAAGGAGCCAAUUCUGUUGACCUUAAAGGACUGUCUUCAUGAGCGGUUCUUGCAACAAUCUUCUCGCACUAUUCCUGGGGUGAAAAAAGGCCUGGCUUGGUUUGAGGACAAGGAGACAACCCAUAAUGCUCGCCAAGCUGCCAAGUCCAUCAAGGACUAUUUCAGUAUCAACCAACCCAAUGAGAAGGUCCGCUUUGUUGUGGCCUCACUCCCAGAUGUGGACAACCCAGGAGCCUCAAUAUACCUUUAUGAAAAUGGAGAGCUGGUCAGCAAGAACUUUGAGUUGCCCUCAAAACCUCUUCCUCUCCUGAUCAGUGAACGGAGACAUGACAGCUUUCAGCUGAAGUUUCAGCCAGCGGAAUAUGGGAGGGCUGCCAUCUCCAGCUAUCUGGUAUGGUACAAGAUUACAGGGGAAGAAAACUGGAAAUCAGUGAGGGCAGAAGGCACCAGGAAAACUUUCCUAUUGAAAAAUCUGGCUCCAAACACAGAGUACCAGUUCAAGUACACUGCUUGUUGCAAACUGGGCCUUAGUGAAACCAGUGACCUGAGUCCUCCCACAAAGACCCUUCCAACCAGCCCUCCUAGGGAAUUAAGAGAAACUGAGGCAACAUCUUCUACCAUCUCUGUGGCCUGGAACCGUCCCAGCAUCGUCGCUUCAGGAGUUAAGGUCAAGGAGUACAAGGUGGAGUACAGAACGGUGGAGGCUGAUAUUGAAAGGGACCCGUGGAUUGAAGUAAAGGCCCAUUGGUUUUGGUAUCAGCUUGAAGGUCUGACGUACCAGACGGCAUAUAGAAUACGGGUGUCAGCCGUGUGUAAUAAUGGAGUUCUGAGUGUUCCCAGUGAGGAGGUGACGAUCUCCACAUCACAUUUUCUGAAUUUUCAGUGGCUGUGGGGUUGUUCUAUCGUGUGAUGCUGUAAUGGUAUCCUAUUUUCUUCACUACCUGUCAGCCUCUCUAUCGCUAGCUUGCUAUCAGCUGCCAUAGUAACGGGGGGGAGGGGUUUCGGUAUUUGGGAGGGGAAACGUGCUGGUGGAGAUGUCUCUAAAUGAAAAGGGAGUUUCGCUCUCUGCGCAUGCUGAAUGGGCUUGUUUAGGCCUGGUCAAGGUCAACCGUCUCUGCGUACCAGAUGGGUGAAGCCACCUGGAGAUGCACCCCACGUGACACCAUUGGGCGUUGGAGAUUGGACAUUCAGCUUGGGGUUGUUGGUGGGGGAGGGAUUUGGGUAAACUUUUGAUAUGUAAAACUGCACGCCUUUAGCCGCAGACCUUGCUUUACUUUCGUUGCUAUCAGUUCAUAUC